AAUUAUUGGCGCAGACAUGGGUGUAAUCUCUAUUAACCGCUUGGGACAGCAAUCUGACACGACUGGUGAGAUGCCUAUUAGGAGCAUGACCGACGUGCACACGGAUGGAUGUAUGGGUUAAUCAAUCACCACCCGGCUGCUUUGUGAAAGUUUUUUAAAACCCACAAAGCUAUUUCGGCCAGACCCGGGAACCGAGUAGGUACAACAGUCGCGCUAUUCGACUACUAGGAAGUUUUUGCUCUAUGCUUCCAAUGAAAUACAUAUUAAGUACCUAAGUUUAUCUCAAAAAUAUUGAAAGCUGAAUUUUUCACUGGACUUUAAUCCCAUUACAAAGCUUUUUCACCAAGCCAUGAGCUUCAUCUCAGGCGUGGUGAGUGAUCUCAUUCAUUCGUGAUUUGUGAUUCGUGAGCUGUGACAUGACACGAUCCGUCUAUAUUCUGAACGCCGCUUAUCAACAUUUACUUAAGAAUUAAUUAAACACCUAAAAUAUAAUCAAUAAUAAUUUAGUUAUAAACGUAAAUUACGUACCUACUUGAUAAAAAUAAAAUCUCUAUUCAGGUUUAAUGAUACAAGCAAUAUAAAUGAUCUAAUGAUAUUUUUUAGUUCUGGUAACAUUAACCAAGUUCGGUAUGGAUUUUUUCGCGCCGGCGCGAAACGUGUUUGCUUCUAACUUCCUUGUAUUUUUGGACCUAUUGAUACUUGACUUAAAAUUCAAUUAAAUUAUGGUUUCGACGCAAGUACGCUAUUGAAUAUUGUGAAUAAUAAUUUUCAAAAGUACUCGUUACAAAGAUAUAAAUUAUGUCUUAUAAAUAAUUAUAUAAGUGCGAAAAAUCUUUAGAAUAUUUCAUAUUUUAUAAUAAUGUUAGUGAUUUAAAAAGUGCUGCUGAUAUAUUCGCUGAAGUGUGUUAGUCAAAAAUGGGUUCUAUCGUGUUAAGAAGUUUGUCAAUCCUUUUGGGAGUGUUUUUUAUAUUUGUUGGAAUAACAAAGCUAACCCCAUUUAUAUCGAAGGAACUGCAUAAAGACUUGAGGAAAGAAUAUGUGAGGUACGCAAAAGUGUUUCCAUUGAUGGAAACAUUAGACUUCAAACUACCUUCGAAAUGGUACAGGAGGGCUGUCGGCGGCCUCGAAAUCUUAUUUGGAUUAGCUCUAGCAGCUAUACCUAGUCAUAAAAUCAAGAAUACAGCUAACAUAGGCCUCGUCUUAUUGAUGAUUUUAGCAGCAUAUUCGCAUGUAAUGGUAGGCGAUCCCUUCGACCGCUGCGCCCCCGCACUUGUGUUCUUCUUCAUGUUGAGUGGAAGACUUGUUGUUUGGUAUCAAAUUAGCCGCCGAGAAGAGUUGGAGAGAGCUUCUGCUACUCAGAACGGGAAUGGGCUCAAGCGUGAAUAAGUUUUAUGAAAUAAGUUUCUUUUCUAAGCAAUGGCAUUGUGCUUAGGUAUUGUAAUAGCGUCAUAUUUUAGAGUAAAAUUUUAAUUUUACUUUGAAUUAUUACUGAAUUAAUUUCGAAUGUCUUAGGGUAGGAGACGUUCAUCAAUUUACUGGGUAUCUUAGAAAUAUAAUUCGAUGGGUAAUUAAUUAAGCUGUGAUGAUGCUAGUCAAAAGUUGCGAAUAAUUACGUUAAAUUUAUCAGCUUUUAGUAAUAAAUCCCUGACAAUGCACAUGAAGAACCAACCUGAACAAGUUAAUUUCUAUUUCUAGGUGAGAUAGGCUUCAGUGAGUGUAAUUUGUAUCUAAAAGUGAUAUUAAGUUAAGCGAUAUAUGCUAGGUUCAUUUUAUAUUGUGUGAGUGGUGUGUAUGUGUGUGAUGUUUGUAGAUUCAUAACAAUAACUGCCAGCGCAUAUUCAUAGUUAAUAUUUAAUGCACUUUAAAAAAAUAAAAAUUAAUGAGGCACCUUUAAAAUAUACAUGGUUAAUAUUAUUUGCUCAAUCACUACCAAUAACACAGCUUUUUUUAUAUAUAACAAUAUUUUGUUUCAAUUAAUAAUUAUAUCUGCAGUACGUAUACUUAUUUAUUAUAAAAUCAUGUGACACAAUAAAGCUUCUUAACUAAGUUACUUAAAUGCGACAUUUAUUUAUAUUGUGUUCAUAAAAUAGAAAUGAGAUAGAUAAUUAUUACUAUUUAUUACGUGAAGUGUGAUGUAAGUGGAGUAAUAGUCAAUGAAUAAAUGGAAAGUAUUACUUA